CUCGGCCCGGAACUUCGAUUCUGGGCUCGGCGGAGCACCCGGCCCCGGGUGUGUGCUCAGCCGGAAGUGGCCGCUGAGGGCGUGUGGCCAGGCUUAGUGUACGGCGCCUGCCACGGCGGUUAACAAGUAGUAGAAAGCCAACAUGGAGGCCGUGGCAACGGCGGCGGCGACGAGGGAACCCGAUGAAGGCUGCACAGAGCCCAGUCCUGGGCACUGGGGGGAGCUGAACUGGACACCAGUCCCAUCCAGACCCCCGGACAAGGUGGAGGCAGCAGAGAGAGUGUCAAGGGCCCUGGAUGAGGACCCCCCUGGGGCCGAGAACGCGGCAGUGAGCGCCAUGCUGCGUGCCGUGGCUGCCAGCCGCCUGCCCGUGUGCAGCCAGCAGCAAGGCGAGCCUGACCUGACCGAGCGGGAGAAGGUGGCCAUCCUGGGCCAGCUAUACCACGAGAAGCCGCUAGUGUUCCUGGAACGCUUUCGCACCGGCCUCCGCGAGGAGCACCUGGCCUGCUUCGGCCACUUGCGCGGUGACCAUCGUGCAGACUUCUACUGUGCUGAGGUGGCCCGGCAGGGCGCUGCCCGACCCCGCACCCUGCGCACGCGCCUGCGGAACCGGCGCUACGCAGCCCUGCGUGAGCUCAUCCAAGGGGGUGAGUACUUCAGCGACGAGCAGAUGCGGUUCCGGGCCCCGCUGCUGUACGAGCAGUACAUCGGCCAGUACCUGACACAGGAGGAGCUCAGCGCCCGUGCCCCGGCCCACCAGCUGCCCAAGCCCCACUCCCCUGGCUCGCCCGCCUGCCCGCUUUCUGACCUGCUGCUCCAGUCCUACCAGGAGCGGGAGCUGCAGCAGCGGCUGCUUCAGCAGCAGGAGGAGGAGGAGGCCUGCCUGGAGGAGGAGGAAGAGGAGGAAGAUAGUGAUGAGGGCGACCAGAGCCCCGACAAAGACUCAGAGGCCUGGGUCCCCGACUCAGAAGAGAGGCUGAUCCUGCGGGAGGAGUUCACCAGCCGGAUGCACCAGCGCUUCCUCGACGGCAAGGACGGGGACUUUGACUACAGCGCCGUGGACGACAACCCUGACUUCGACAACUUGGACAUCGUGGCCCGGGAUGAGGAGGAGAGGUACUUCGACGAGGAGGAGCCCGAGGACGCACCCAGCCCCGAGCUGGACGGGGACUGAUGGCUGGGCCAGGCACUCUGCCCCCGCACAAGCAAGGCAGCUGCUCACAGGCGGCUCAGCGACUUUCUCCAGGACCCGUCUCGCAGCGCCCUUCCCGUGUCGGACCCCCUGUUUCCCCACCCAGCCCUGCCUUCCUCUUUUUUGCUAUCUCUGGGUUUGUCUCUUUUCCUGUCUUUCAUUUCUCCUGUUCUCUGUGCCUCGGCUUCUGUCCUCUGGCCCAGGGUAAACGUCCUCCCUUUAACCAAGGCUGGCGGGACCCUCCAUGGCUGGAGCCAGCCAGAUCGACACCAGCGCCCAGCUCCGGCCGAGCCCCGGUCCCCAGGGCAGCUCGCCGCCUCCCGUCCUGGUCCCUGCCUGUCGUCCUCCACUCUGCCUGUGCAGCUCUCACUGCUGCUGUUACUUUUCCUUCUUUCCUUCAGAACUGUGGGCCUGUGGUUCUUCCUGCGGGUCCAUUUCCAACUCUUGACCUCCGUCAGCCUUGACCUCUCUGGGUUUCGGUGUCGUCAUCCCCAGUCUGCCUGCUGAGUAGUGUGGCCUCACUGCAGGCACCAGGGGUCACCUCUCCUUCAGGACUCAGGCCUGGGAGGGGCAGGCAGGGGCAGUGCUGGGGACCGUAGGCCUGCCGGCUUGUGUAUAGGGGCAGGGGGACGAGGAGGGCGACUCUCCCCUCCCAGCUCCCCUGCCCCCCUCUGCCCAGCCGCAGUUUUCCCUUCACUUCCUCCCCUCCCUCUCUGUUUACACUCCCAGAUACGCACAGGCUGUUAUCAUGGGUCCUGAGUCAUCCCACACACACAGCCUACCCCUAGUCUCUGCCCCCAGCCAGCCACAGGGCCCGCCUCGUGGAGCCCCCUGCCGCCCCGGGCUAAUGGGAGCCAGAUGGCCGCCUGGUGACUCAGCCACCGGCCUGUGGGAACCCAGGCGUCCUGCCUUCCCAUGCCCCCACACCCAGCUCACGCUUCCCUAGUAGACGCAUGGAGAAGAGCCAGCUGCUGGGGGAGAAGACAUGGCCAAGGGUCAGAGUGGUGGGGCCUGGGGACCCCUUAGUCCUGUGCGCUAGAGUGGUGACAUACUUCCACAGCCAAGCCUGAAGGACCGUCCAAGCCGCCGCCUCCGGCACGUGACACAAAGUGAAGGGAGACCCCAAGGCCGACUGGGGCCAUGGCUCUUGACCCCUAGGCCUCAGCUCUGCCCUCUGGGUCAACCAGAAUGAGAGCCAGACACAGAAAGUGAGAGUUGGACUGGGGCCAAGGGACAUCCAGGCUAUUAAAGGCUAUUAAAUGAGGCUAUUAAAAAAGGAAAGUUCCGGUUUCUGAGCAGUUCUAUUCUGUGCCAGGCCUGAUCGAGGUGCCUGUUGCUGCACUGAGUCCUCCCAACGUCCCUGUGAACUGGGGACUCGGCUCUGUUUCACAUGACCCAUGGGAGGUCCAGGAGAUGUUACUCAGGGCUGCGUGCUCAUCAGAGGCGGAAAUACAAGUCUAGAACCCCAAGUCCUAGAGGCCAGUCUGCUAGUCUGCAUGUCUGCUGUCAGGCCACUCAGAGUGGAUGUCCUUAGAUGGAAAGGUUGGAGAGGAAUUCGCUGUCGAGGAUGACAGCAAACGCUUUGGGUCCCCGCGUGCCAGGCACACUGUCUUCCACACAAAUGCGACUAAAUCACCUUGAUGGGCAGUCAGUACUUGAAUCACGGAACCAUCACUUCUGUCCUGGGCACCUCAGGCUCUCAGUAUCGCCUCCCAGAGGCCCAGGAGAAUCAAGCCCGCUGGACUUCAGAACUGGUACUUGGCACUCGUGUGUGUUUAUGCCUUCAGGUGGCAAGCACUCACAAGACAGGCAUCAGCCCUUAGCGAUGUGCACAUUUUUUGCCAGUCUAUCAUUCGAUCAUUAAAGUUGGGAUAUACUU